AUGUCCGUCGUCGUCCGCGAAGUUACAAACCCCUCAGAGGCUGAUCUCGCCCAAUACACCAAGGUUCUUGCCGAGGCGUUCGGGUACCAAUUCUUCGGCACCGCGCUUGGUGGAGACAGAAGCCUGCAGGAACCCACGCUCCUCGCUCAGAUCAAUGCCGCACUUGUCAACGGAGAGGGAGAGGUCCAUGUCGCCGAACUACCCGAGGUAGGAGUGGUUGGCGUGGCAGUUUGGUUUGGCCCUGGUCAAAAGUUCCUGACGUCGGAGGCUCAGCACAAAGCAGGUUGGGACCAGGUUAUGGAGCGUCUGCCCGCUGAGUACCGGGAGUGGUGGGACACGUUUCUGGUAGACUACGACGCACUUGUUGAGAAGUCCUUGGGCCCUGGCGUCAAAGUCGGGAGCUAUCACCUCCAGCUGCUCGGUACGGCUCCGGACCAUCAGCGGAAGGGUGUGGCCAAAGCACUCACCCAGUAUGGAGACGCUAAGGCCCGUGCUGCUGGUGUGUCGUCCGUUCUGGAAACAGUAGGGCCCACGAACGUUUCCAUCUAUAAAGCUCUCGGAUAUGAAGUCGCGGGGUCAGGGCCCAUCAAGGUCCCUCCUCCCGCCGCGGGGGGCAGCUUCGAGAUGUCUGUGAUCAUCAAACACACUGAGGUUGAAGGGCUCCAGGCGUGAUUGUGACAUACGUGCGUACUAUCUAUGUCUUUGGUAACGGAACGGGACUCGGGGACAGAUAUAUUGCGUAUGGACUAUGUACUGUCAAUCCAAUAAACUAUGGCUCAACGG